UGUUUUGGUAACUUAUGGUCCCUAAUCUGGCAUAAUGCAAAACAACUACUACUUUCAAGUUCUAUACCCCUUUCUUUUCCUGGGAGGAGCUGUGGGUUUUCUAUUUUUAACUUCUAAACCUAGCCAAGACUUGUAAGGAUAGUAUUACACUUUUACUUUUUGUGCCUGCAUGGUCAGUAAGCAUUCUGGUGUAUGAAUCAGUUUCCUUCUGGUCAUGUGUGUGUACACCUUUUUUGUGUUUGUCUCCCACAAGUGCUUUGGCCUUUUGAACUAAUUUAUAACUGAUUAUCUUUUCAUGGUGAUGGCGGGGCUACAAUUGUUUCAACUUUCAUUUACCCUUUCUUCCUUCUAGACCCGCUUAACAAUAUGUGAGGGACAUGAUGGGACUGAGACAUCAAAUGGUGACGUGUUAAUCUUUCCAGACAUGAUAAGAUACAGGAGAUUAACACAUUUUGAUGUCGAGACAUUUGUUGAGGAAGUGUUUGUUAAAGAUGGUGAGUGGUUGCCCGGAAGCCCAGAAGCUCUAAGAGGUUGGUACAUCUUUGUAUGUUGCCAUAGUACAAGGGAUAAACGAUGCGGAAUUUGUGGACCUUCUGUGAUUAUCAGAUUCAAAGUUGAGAUAGAGUCUCGUGGUCUGCAAGGUAAAGUGUCCGUCAGCCCAUGUUCACAUAUUGGAGGGCAUAAGUAUGCAGGAAAUGUGAUCAUAUUUGGGCCA